GAUACCAACUGUUAAAUACAAAAUAUCUAGACUCUAACCUACUGUAAACUUGUUGACAUUAAACAUUGUUCAGUAAUUAAUAAAAAUAUGCCAUCAAAAAAGAAAAAAUAUAAUGCAAGGUUUCCAGCUGGUAGAAUAAAAAAAAUUAUGCAAACAGACGAAGAAGUUGGAAAAGUAGCACAAGCUGUACCAGUUAUAAUCUCUAGAACAUUGGAAUUGUUUGUUGAAUCACUUUUAACAAAAUCUAUGCAAAUAACGCAAGCAAGAAAUGCUAAAACGUUGACUCCGUCCCAUAUGAAACAGUGUAUCUUGUCAGAAAGUCGUUUUGAUUUUUUGAAAGAUCUAGUUAAAAAUGUUCCAGACGCUAGUGUUCAGGAAGAUAAUGAAAACAAUGCUUUAUUCGAGGAGGGUUCUUUUCAAAAAGAAGAAGCUUUUGUAGAUGAACCAAGUCAAAGUUUAGUUAGUACUAGUUAUAAGAACCGAACGACGAAAGGAAGUAUCCAAGAAAAAAAUAUCCCAUGUACAGAAGUUCACCCGUCGUCUCCCAGUACAGAAGAUAACGAACAAAGUUCGUCGACGAGCAGAACACCCGUUAUACAAUAUGGACCUAAAAUAGUAAAUGCCGAAAGUACCAAGAUAAAUUUUUCAGUUAAUAACCUGUUAAAACCCGAUGAACCAAAACUGCACAUAACGAUAGCUUCCGAAGAAUUACCUACCGUUCCCCAACUAACAACUACAAGCAGAUCUUCAAGUAAUUUAUCGAUUAGUAAAGUGAAUCCUAACGAUAACGUACCACCUUUACUACCUAUUACUAACCGUGUCAGUCAAAAUAGCAACGAUAAUAGUUUAUAUAUUGACGAAGAUUAUGAUAAUUGAAGAAUGUAAUGGCAAUGAAGAGGAUAACAGAUUUUCACGCUUGGUUAUGAGAUGGUAGCACGAUAUAAAGGGUGUCAUAUGGAAAUUUACAUACUUCUUCGGACUAGGGUCCCUCAGAAGUAAAUAAACUUAAUCGAUC